AUGGAUACUCCACCAAACCACACUUCUUCACAUAAUAACUUUCUCAUUUCCGUUACCGUUUUCGCAGUUACCGUUAUCGUUUUCUUAACGAUCUAUUUCAUCUUCCGUUACCGCCGCAAUAGCAUCACUCGUCGUUUAACUCCGCCGUCGUCUUCCACAGUUUUAUCAUCCGGCAAUAGAGUAUCGCCGGAGAUGGCUUCGUCGUCGUCUUCCGUAGUUGAUUCUCUCCCGCUGUUUACUUUCUCUUCCAUCAAACGCCGUUCAUCGUCUGUUAUCUCCGGCGACUGCGCUGUUUGUUUGUCGAGGUUUGAGCAGAAUGACGUCCUCCGUCUUCUCCCUCUCUGCUGCCACGCAUUCCACGCGGAAUGCGUUGAUGUUUGGCUCCGGUCGAAUCUGACGUGUCCGCUUUGUCGAUCAGCUGUUAUCGCUUCGGAAUCGGAGCUUGUGAAGAUUUCCCAGCCGGUAUCGUCUUCUUCUGAUAACAGUUUCCGUUUGGAGUUAGGAAAUGUCAGCAACCGUGGAGCCACCGCAUCUGAGAUUGUCAGCGGAGAAAACGAUCGGAGAUCAUACUCCGUCGGCGCAUUCGAGUAUUUCGUCGACGAGGAGGCUGAGAUUCCGUUCGGUCACACUAAUCGAAGAGUUCUUUCUGGUGAGAAAGAUGAUGCACCGGCAGUGCCGGCGGGGGAGGUCCCGGUUCCGGUGGCUUCUUUGGUCGGUGAAGGUAACAACUGGCUGAAGGAUUACAUGGACAAUAUAUCUAGUGUGACGUGGUUUAGAAAUUCUGGAAGGUUCUUCAAUGGGAGUAGUAGAAGAAACGACGUAGUUGGAGUUCAAGAUUUUGAUGUUGAAGCUAAUACCUUUGGGGAAGAAAUUAGUGAAAUGUUUAGAUGGGUCUCUGGCUUUUGA